AUGGCCUCGAGCUCGGCAUCGCUGCCUACGUCUACCUAUAGCUCAUUCCAGAGGUGGGACCAGACAAAGGAGAUUGAGGCUCUGGUCAAGCUACCCACGUACGGCUCCAGCACGGCCGACCCCAGUCUCAACUGCCACGUCGCUGUGCCAGAGGCGAAGCAGGCUAGGCCAGGGAGAGGUUGCGACGAUGCUCGGCCUUGGCCGCUCCUGUCUCCGGCGUGCUCCAAAUUCCUCGGCGGUAGCCAGACCAACAUCGGUGGCCGGAUUCGUCUCAAUCGGGAAGAUUAG